AAACUCAUUGGUCAUUUCUACUCUCUAGUCUUACUCUCCACACUCCCCAAUAUGGGGGCUUAUUAUUUGGCUACUCUUUUCUUACUUCUUCUUAACUUUUCUACUACUUUUUUCACUUCCUUAGCAUGCCCUACUUGCCCUUACCUUCCACCCCCUAAACCACCCAAAUCCGAUUGUCCACCACCGUCACACACCAAGCCCCCCCACCAUACUCCCACCGGAAAACCACCGUCCCAUCCCCACAAACCACCACUAGUAAACCCACCACCUCAUCAUCAUCAUCCUUACAAGCCACCUCAACAACCACCAACCACAACCCCACCUCAUCAUCAUCCCUACAAACCACCUCAACAACCACCUACAAAACCACCUCAUCAUCCUUACAAACCACCUUACACACCAAAACCUCCGGCCACAAAACCACCUCACCAUCCUUACAAACCACCUUACACACCUAAACCUCCUACACAUGCACCACCAAAGUCUCCACCGUACACACCUAAACCUCCUACACAUACACCACCAAAAUCUCCACCACACACACCUAAACCUCCUACACAUACACCACCAAAGUCUCCUCCACAUACUCCUAAACCGCCCGUUAUUGUAAAACCUCCUAUUGUAAGCCCACCAUACACUCCACCCUACACUCCCAAACCACCACAUGUGAGUCCACCUCACACACCAAAACCCCCGGUUGUAAGCCCACCAUACAGCCCACCAGUUAUCGUAAAACCUCCUAUUGUUAGCCCACCAUACACUCCACCCUACACCCCUAAACCCCCGGUUGUAAGCCCACCUUACAGCCCACCAUCAACACCUCCGAUUGUGACCCCACCUUCAACACCUCCGGUUGUGACACCACCCUAUACUCCUCCAGUUGUAACUCCACCAUCAACACCUCCAGUUGUGACACCACCAGUUGUGACCCCACCAUCAACACCUCCAGUUGUAACCCCACCAUCAACUCCUCCAGUUGUUACCCCACCCUAUACACCUCCAGUUGUGACCCCACCAUCAACACCCCCUGUUGUGACCCCACCCUCAACACCUCCAGUUGUGACUCCACCUGAAACACCUUGUCCUCCACCACCACCAACACCAGUGGUGCCAAUAUCACCGCCUUCGCCGCCAAAACAACCAACAUGCCCUAUCGACGCGUUGAAGUUGGGUGGUUGUGUUGAUGUUCUAGGAGGACUCAUACACAUUGGUCUAGGAGGAGGUGCUAAGAAAACUUGUUGUCCAUUGUUAGGCAAUCUUGUUGGUUUGGAUGCAGCAAUAUGUCUUUGCACCACAAUUAGGCUCAAGCUUUUGAACAUUAACAUAAUUCUUCCAAUUGCUCUUCAAGUUUUGCUUGAUUGUGGAAAGUCUCCACCUCCUGGAUUCCAAUGCCCUACUAAUUAUUAGUUUUUAUUUUUUUUUAUUUGUCAACUACGUUAUUUACUUAUUUUGGCUAUGUAUUUUAAGUGUACGUUAAAAGUUUAAGUGAAUAAAGUCUAUUUUUUGUGUGCAA